AUGCCGUUUGGUAAAAUGAGCAUUACUUUAGAUGAUAUCGCAUGUCUACUUCACUUGCCCAUUAGGGGUAUCUUUUGGAGUCCUCAGGAUGUGACUGAAGAGCUAGCUGUUGAACUUGCUGUUGACUACCUAGGAGUGUCACAGGGUCAGGCACAGUCACAUGUUCGGAGCUGCAGGGGGUCGUAUUACAAGUUGGAGUGGUUAUAUGAUAUAUUCGUACAUCAUAGGGCUGCUUCCAGCUGGGCAUAUGCGACUAGAGCAUAUCUAUUGAUGUUGGUGGGUUCCACCAUAUUUGCUGAUAAGACAUUUACACUUGUAGAGGCACGAUACCUCCUCCUGUUUAGGGACUUGGAUGGAUGUUCAGGAUAUAGUUGGGGAGCAGCUGCACUAGUUACCCUCUACCGAUAUCUUGGAGAUGCGUCCAUGUACAGUUGCAAACAGCUAGGUGGAUAUCCUACUCUCCUACAGUGUUGGAUUCACGAGUAUUUUCCAACUGUUGGAAAAAGAGGGGAGAAUUGGAAUCCUGCUGGAAACUGUGGUCUUCCCCGAGCGAUGAGAUGGUCGUAUAGACAGGGAGUCCUGAAGGUCGAUGAUUUACGACCUAUUUUGGACGAGCUGACACCUACCGACGUCAUCUGGCGACCAUUUGAGGAUCAUAGAGCAUGGCGUGUAUUUGAUGAGAUAUGUCUUUACAGGGGCUGUUUGAAGUGGGGUGAAACAGUUGUUCCAUACUUGCCUGAUAGAUGUUUACGUCAGUUCGGGUAUAGGCAGUAUGUUCCAUCCCCAUCUCUGGAUUGUAUGAUGGCGACGGAUAUUGAUGUUGAUUGGAUCAGUUACCAUCAGAGUGUUGUCGAUGUGAUCGGUUCAUCUUCCGUGGCCACCACUCCAUCUGAGGUAGUAGACGGUUAUCUGGAGUGGUAUUAUCGUGUUUCCCAUCCACGGUUGGUCCCUCCCCAUCGUGACGCUCCUAGAGAGGUACCCGUUCCUGUAUAUGACGCCGGGCCAUCUGAUCCUGAUUGGGCUCGUGUAUCUACAUUGAUUCGUCGCUAUCUGAGACAGGUUAAUGCUGAAGAGGAAGAUCCACAGUUUUCUGAUUUAUUUGAAGCUUUGCAUAUUUCUCGUUCACAUUGAUUAUAUGUAUUAAGCUUUGAAUAUAAUAGACAUAAUAAUAUAGAUUUCAUGUUUUGAUUACA